AAUGGUCGAAGUUCAAUCUAACUAAAACGUUCUCUCCUCAUUUAAUCUAAUUUGUUCAGUUGUACGUUGCUAGCUCUUUGUUUUUCAAUGGCUAAAACAGCUCCGGUAGUUUUGACCCAAAACAUUAAUAUUUCUGAUACCCAAAGGGCCACCUCCUUUAAUCAUUCAACUGAUUCCUCUAGCAUCAACUGCCAAGAGCACUCCAUUUCAGCUCCUGAUGAUGAAAUCCCCACCAUUGAUUACAGCAUGAUCUUCUCUGGUGAUGUCGAUCAACGACCCAAGGCCCUCCAAUAUCUUGCCUAUGUUUGCGAGGAGUACGGCUUUUUUUAUCUGAUAAAUCAUGGUUUGCCGGAUAACGUAAUUGACAAAGCACUGAAGGGAGUUUCCGAGUUCUUUAAUCUGACGGAGGAGGAAAAGUUGGAGUAUGAGAAGAAGGAUUCGGCAGAUAGGAUCAGAUGGGGGCUAGGUUUCUCACCUGGGGACCAUGAAGCUGUCAAGCGGGAGUAUCUCAAAGUUCUCCCACAUCCAAAGUUUGAAGGGCCUGACAAACCAGCAGGUUUCAGCAAGUCUUUGGAAGAUUAUUACCAAAGGGACCGAGAGGUGAUGAUAAACUUGGCAAAGGCAGUAUCAAAAACGUUGGGAUUCGAAGAAAAUUACUUAGAGAAGGAACUAGGGUUGGAAAUUGGCGCCGAUGUUUCUGCAAUGAACGUGUAUCCCCCCUGGUUUAAAUCCAACACUCCAAUCGGUCUGCCGGCGCAUCACGAUCCUGGCUACCUAGUUUCCCUUGUACAAAACGUCAACGGCGGUCUCCAAUUACACUAUAAGCAAAAGUGGAUCAAUGUUCAUUUGCCUUCUAAUUCCAUUUUUGUUAAUAUUGGGGAUCAUCUUGAGGUUUUAACUAAUGGGAAGUACAAGAGUCCUAUGCAUCGUGUGAUCCUAAACAACAAGGUUACAAGAGUCUCUGUGGCCACAGUACACGGACCAUCACACAACACAUUCGUGAAACCAGCUUCAGAGUUUGUGGACGAGUCUCACCCGCCAAAAUACCGAGGGAUGAUAUACAAGGACUCCUUGGAAGCCAAUGGUUACCAUGAGAUUGAUGGAAAAUCAUGCCUACAACAACUUCGGAUAUGAAUUAAGCAGCUAGGUGUUUAAGCUUAAAGCUGGCACAUAGAUGUCGUGUGCUAAAAUAUUUAAAUAAUGUGUGUGUUUCCGUUAUGAAGUAAUCAAUGUAAUUGAUCCUAAAAACAAUAUUUUGUUAUGGUGCUAAUUAAUAAUGAAUAAGGUAUCGCAGAAGUUGCC